UCCCUGCCCUCAGAGCUCUCUCUCUCUCAUUGUGGGCAGGUCAGCACCAGCCCGGGAAGGGAAGCCUCAGACCCCGGCCUCCCUCUCCCUCCCCCGCCCGGCCGGCAGAGCGCCCAAGCCCGGAACCAGAGACAUGGCCCCCGGCAGCCGGAGCCCCUCGUCCCAGGAGAUGGUAUCAUUCAAGGAUAUUAUGGUGGAUUUUACUGAAGAGGAGUGGGGCUUCUUGGACCCUUCUCAGAAGGAGCUGUACAAGGAGGUCACGCUGGAGAAUGUCCAAAAUCUGCUGUCCCUGGAUGUAGAAACUGGGUUGAAAGUAAAUGAGAUAAGUAAAAAGCUGGGAAUUUUUGUGAAAGAACGUGACCAGCAAAGGUUCAUGGAUGAUGGUCCCUGUGACUUCAAUUUGAAGGAAUUCCACGGUUUUAUUCUUGAAGUAGAUAGAUAUCCAAAGAGUGAUUGUGAAUUGGACGAAAUUGGAAAGAGAUUCAGAUGGACUUCUAUCCUAAAUCACUGUAAGAAAAUGAACUCAGGAAGUGAUUAUCUUCAAGGUAGUGAAUACAAGAAAUGCUUCACUGAAGAGAUAGAGCCAUUGGUUCCAAGUAAUCAAUGGGAUAUUGCUGUGAAAUGUAGUUCAGACCUCAGUGGUGAUCAGAAAAGUGAUACUGAAGAAAUGCUUUCUGUAAGUGAUAAAAGAGAGAAUGUCAGUCAGAACUCCAAUCUUCUUACUUAUCAGCACAUGCAUAUUAGAAAAGAACCUGAUGAACAUAAUGUAUGUGAAGCAACCUCAUCCUAUCUCUCAUCUCUUCCUUACCACUCUGGAAUGAAAAGGUCUGGAUAUGAUCAGUGUGGGAAAGCCUUUGGUUGCAGUCCAGCUCUUGCUGGAGAAGCAUCUCAUAAAUGUACUGACUGUGGGAGAGCUUUCUAUUGCAGAUCAUUCUUGCUUGACCAUCAGAGAAUCCACCCUAGAAAGAAGCCUUAUUUAUGUCUUCAGUGUGGAAAGCCUUACAUAUGCAAUCAAUGUGGAAAAACUUUUACAGAUGUCUCCAGUCUAGCAAAGCAUAAGAAAACCCACACUGAAGAGAAGGCUUAUGAAUGUAAUCAAUGUGGAAAGACUUUUAGAUCGAGCUCCUGUCUGGCUAAACAUCAAGGAAUCCACAUUGGAGAGAAACCUUUUAAAUGUAAUCAGUGUGGAAAGGCUUUCACAUUCUCUUCCAGUCUUGGUACACAUAAGAGAAUCCACACUGGAGAGAAACCUUUUAAAUGUACUCAUUGUGGAAAGGCUUUCAUACAGAGUGCCCAUCUUGGUUUACAUCAGAGAAAGCACACUGGAGAAAAACCUUUUAAAUGUAGUCAAUGUGGAAAGGCUUUUAGAUGCAGCUCAAGUCUUGCUAGACAUCAGGGAAUCCACACUGGAGAGAAACCUUUUAAAUGUGAUCAGUGUGGAAAAGCUUUCAUAAGUAAAUACAGGCUUGUAGAACAUCAGAGAAUCCACACAGGAGAAAAACCUUUUAAAUGUAAUCAGUGUGGAAAGCCUUUCAUAAGUAAUUAUAGACUUGCAGAACAUCAGAGAAUCCACACUGGAGAGAAACCUUUUAAAUGUAAUCAAUGUGGAAAGGCUUUCAUAAGUAAUUACAAGCUUGCAGAACAUGAGAGAAUCCACACUGGAGAGAAACCUUUUAAAUGUAAUCAGUGUGGAAAGGCUUUCAUAAGUAAUUACAGGCUUGCAGAACAUCAGAGAAUUCACACAGGUGAAAAACCUUUUAAAUGUAAUCAAUGUGGAAAAGCUUUCAUAAGUAAUUACGGGCUUUCAGAACAUCAGAGAAUCCACACUGGAGAGAAACCUUUUAAAUGUAAUCAGUGUGGAAAGGGUUUCAGAUUCUCCUCCAGUCUUGGUACACAUCAGAGAAUCCACACAGGUGAGAAACCUUUUAAAUGUGAUCAGUGUGGAAAGGAUUUCAUAAGUAAUUACAGUCUUGUGGCCCAUCAGAGAAUACACACUGGAGAAAAACCUUUUAAAUGUAAUCAAUGUGGAAAGGAUUUCACACGGAGUGCCCAUCUUUCUUUACAUUGGAAAAUCCACACUGGAGAGAAACCUUUUAAAUGUAAUCAGUGUGGAAAGGCUUUUAUAAGUAAUUACAGUCUUGUGGCCCAUCAGAGAGUCCACACAGGAGAAAAACCUUUUAAAUGUAAUGAGUGUGGAAAGGAUUUCACACAGAGUUCCAAUCUCGCUUUACAUCAGCGAAUCCAUACUGGAGAGAAGCCUUUUCAAUGUAACCAAUGUGGAAAGGCUUUCACACAGAGUGCCAGUCUUUCUUUACAUCAGAGAAUCCACACUGGAGAGAAACCUUUUCAAUGUAAUCAAUGUGGAAAGGCUUUUACAUCCAGCUCCCAUCUUGCUAAACAUCAGAAAAUCCACACUGGAGAGAAAUCUUUUUAAAUGUAAUUAGAAUGUGGAAAGAGUUAAAUGCAGCUCCCAUCUUGCUAGACAUUAGAGAACCCACAUGGUAAUGAAACCUUUGUUUUUGGUAACUGUUGGAUUUUUUUUUUCUAUUUUGGAUUAGUGAGGUUAGCAUUGGGAAGUGAACUAGUCAUAGGAUUGUCCUGCCCCUAAUUUUCUAAUCUAAAAGAAUAAGGAAGGAUUUAUUACAGUGAUGAUACAUGAACAGAACAGAAAGACUGAGAAAGCUUUGAAAAAUGUUUUAUUGAAUUCAUUAGUACUCAAAAAAGCAAUUAAGUUUUGCAGAUUUGUUUCUUGACAUAUUUUUCUAUUUUAUGUAAAUUUAAAAUGUUCAUUUGAUUUCAUUUGUAUGAAUUUCAAAGUUAAAAAAGAAAUCAGAUAUUGAUGGUUUCUUAUUGUCAUUUUCACCAAUAUUAAAGAUUUCAAUACAGGAAUUCAUAAAUUUUUUUCAUGACAUUCUCUGUCUUUUAAAUCUAUAUCUUGAAUGAAGAAUUCUCCUAGUUACAGUUGUAGAUUAUACCUAACACUAUACUUUUUAUUUUAAAAACAUAUUUUUAAUAGGAAAAAAAUCCUUGUACCUCUCUCCUACCUCAAAUAGAAAAUAAAAAAGCAAAGCUUCCCAUUAUAAAUGUUAAUAAUCAAUGCAAAAUUCUAGUACUGUCUAAUCCCAAAAUAUAUUUGUGUCGCAUAUAUUCUCGACUAAUUUUUAUUUAGAAGACACCAUAAACCUUUUCUAUUUUAAUCUCUGGCAUCUUGCUCAUUUUUUUUUUUUUUUCAGUGACUUUCAUUGAAAAUGGUGAUGGAGUCCUUGUUCAUAUUAUUAUUAUAUUUUUUGUCAAUAAGUUGUUCCAAUUUCUGUGCUAUUAUUAUAGUUAAAAAUUUCAAAGUUCAUGAUGAAGAUUGGUAUGUAAUUUCUUUUAUAUUCUAGCCCUUCCUGGUUUAGAUGUGAGCAACAAAUUUUUGUCAUAGAAGGAAUUUAGCAGGACUUUUUUGUCUAUUUUCCCAAAUAGUUUACAUAGUAUUGGAACUAAAUUUUUUUUUUUAAACUUUGGUAGAAUUUAAAAAAAAAAAAAAGCUUUGAUAGAAUUCACUUAUACAUCCAUAUGGUCCUGGAAAUGUUUUUAUUAGGGAGUUAGGAUCAUAGGCAAAAUAGUCAAUAACUAUAGUAAUCAAACCCAAAGAACCCAGGUUUUCAAAUAAGACCUCAUUAUUUGACAAAAACUGCUGGGAAAAUUGGAAACUAGUAUGACAGAAACUAGACAUUGACCCACAUCUAACACCACAUACUAGAAUUCUGUGUCUUUCAUCCACUCAGGUAUUUGCUUCCAUUUUAUGGGAAAGUUCAUCCCAUUCACAUUCACAGUUAUAAUUACCAGUUGUGUAUUUCCAUUCAUUCUAUUUUGUCCUCUCUAAUUUGUUUCUCCUUUCCAGUUUUGUUUCUGACCCACCACUCUCUCCUAUUGUCCCUCCUCUCUUUUCUUACCUUUCUCCUAGUGUUUCUGCCCUCUCUUCUAUCCAGUCCCUUUUUUUCUUUCUCCUUUCUCCUCAAACUUCUUUAUGGGGUAACAUACAUUUCUACACCAAACUAUAAAUAUGUUCUUUGCUUUCUGAGCCAAAACUGAUGAGAUUAAAAUUCAGACACGGUCAACCCCUUCCUUCUUUCCCUCUACUGUACCAAGUGUCUUGUUCCUUUUCAUGUGAUCUACCUUUUACCUCCUUUUUCGUCUUGUCUUUGUAUAAUCAUUUUCCCAUAUUUUAAUGUCUUUUUCUUUGAUUUCAUCACAUUGAAGUCAAUUUAUAUCCAAAGCCUCUGGUCAUAUAUACCCCCUGCAACUGCUCUAUUAAAAGACACAGUUCUAGAGCAUGACCCAGCUGUAUCAUUUUCUAGUUUAGGGAUGAAAGUUUAAUCUUUAAAUAAUAGUUUCUUUCCUGCCUGUUUUUCUAUACUUUUCUUGUGUCCUGUGUUUGAAGAUAAGAAUUUCUAUUUAUUUCUGUUUUUUUUUUCAAUAAAUAUGAUUGAAAUUCCCUUACUUCAUUGAAGAUACAUAAACUCCCCUGAAAAAUGAUGCUCAUUCUUGCUGGGUGAUUGAUUCUUGGUUAUGGCAUUCUUGCUAGUACUGUACACAGUGUUUUCCUGGUUCUGCUUGUUUCACUCAGCAUCAGUUUGUGUAAAUCUUUCUAGGCCUUUCUAAAAUCAACUUCUUCACCAUUUUUUAUAGAACAAUAAUAUUCCAUUAUUUUCAUAUACCACGACUUGUUCAGCCAUUUCUCAAGUGCUUGGUAUCUACUUAUUUUUCAAUUCCUUGCCACCAUACAAAUUGCUGCUACUAACAUUGUUGCACAUUUUAGAACUUUGGGAUACAGACUCAGUAGUGAUGCUUCUCCACCAAAGGAAUUGCACAGUUUUAUAGCUUUUCGGGCAUAGUUCCAAAUUGCUUCAGAAUGGUUAGAUGAGUUCACAACUUCACCAAAAAUGCAUUAGGAUCCCAGUUUUCCCACUAACCCUUCAACACUUAUUACCUUUUGCUGUAAUUUGCUGUAAAUUUGCUGAGAUGUGGGAAGUGGCACCCCAGGAUUGUUUUAAUUUGCAUUUCCCUAAUCAAUAGUGAUUUAGAGCAUUUUUUUCAUAUGACUAUAGAUGGCUUUAAUUUAGCUAAAAAUUGUCUGUUCAUGUCCUUUGACCGUUUAUCUAUUGGGAAAUGACUUGAAUUUUUGUAAAUUUUACUCAAUUCAUUAUAUAGAUUAGAAAUAAAGUCUCUAUCAGAAACACUGGUAUGAAAUUUUUACCUAACUUUCUCCUUCCCUUCUAUUAUUAGCUGUGUUGAUUUUGUUUGUGCAAAAGCUUCUCUCUUCUCCAAAAAUCUGACUGGCAAACUAUCCCUUGUUCUUUUGUUUUUUUUUAAAAUAUCAUCCUUAUGCCUAAAUGUAUCCAUUUUGAUCUUGUUUUGCUCUGGGGCAUGAGAUGUGCCAAAUUUCUGAUGUGUUGUUUUCCAGUUUUCUUAGCAAUUUUUGUGAAACACUGUGUUCUGAUCCCAGAAUGUGGAGUUUGGGGGUUUAUCAAAUAGUACAUUGCUAUAGUCACUUCUUAUUGUGUCAUGUAUAUCUAGC